GUGAAACAAAGGUGAGACAUUAAACAUCUGAGAGCUCAGACUUUCACACCAGACCACACUGAGGGCGAGAAGAGUCAAGGAUGACAGACGUAGAAAACCAAAAACCUGUGACUGAGAGUGUCCCUAGCUAUGGAGCAACAGCACCAAUGUAUGCCCCACCUCCAUACAUGCCCCCUCCUUAUCCUACGGGGCCUGUUAUGAACCCCCAACCUGUUCCUGUGCCAGUCGGCUUUAUCCCACCCAACUUGCCACCAGAAGAGGUCGGCAUCACCAAAACAGAAGAACCAGGUCCAGACCCAGCAGCUGUAUAUCCAGAGUUGAUUGUAUCAUCAUUUGACGAUAAAAUCAUUCGGAAGGCAUUUAUCAGAAAAGUGAGCAUUUCAGGCGUAAAAGUAAUGAUUGCUCCAAAUACUGAUUUUCAUUAUCAUUUCAAAUCUCUCUUUUUACCCAUGCAGGUGUUCAGUGUGGUAACAAUUCAGUUACUAGUCACGUUCACUGUAGUGUGCGUGUUCACCUUCUCUAAUACGGUCAAGUUAGCGGUUCAGAGAAACAUCUGGGUGUACCUCAGUUCAUAUAUUAUCUUUGUAGUGGUGGGCACAUGUCUUGCUGUGUUCUCCUCAUUCAGUCGCAAACAUCCCUGGAACCUGGUGGGACUGUCAGUGGUCACUCUGAGUCUGUCCUACAUGGUGGGAACCGUAGCCUCAUAUCACGACACACCUGCUGUGAUCAUCGCUUUAGGAUCAACUAUGAUCAUCUCAUUCACCAUCAUCAUUUUCUCUGCACAGACUCGCUUGGACUUCACCAUUUGUAAUGGUAUUCUGCUCAUAUUGGCCAUCGACUUACUCAUGUUUGGAUUCUUCAGUAUCUUUUUCUACUCCACUGUUCUGCAAAUUGUCUACGGAUGUCUGGGAGCUCUUCUUUAUGCCUUGUUUCUGGCAGUGGAUUGUCAGCUGGUGAUGGGGAGGCAAAAGUACAGCCUUGAUCCUGAAGAGUACGUCUUUGGUGCCUUAAUUAUCUACUUGGAUAUCAUUAUGAUAUUCCUCUACAUACUCAUGAUUUUGGGUGGAGGCUCCAAAAAUUAAACUUACACAUGUGACACUCCCUGUCUGCACAUGCUGGCUGAUAUUCAACCUUUUGACCUCAAAUAUUCUUACAGCACUGCUAUGCUUUCUCUACUGGUUAAGUCAUCAUGGUACUCGAUGGCACAUAUUGUAAAUUACCAACUGUUGAUCACAAGAACCUUUUGUAAGUCUUAAAUAUUAUGCCUUAUGUAAAUGCCUUAAAUGUUAUAAAUGUGAAAAACAUCCCACCGAUGUGAAUCAUGAAAUACUUGCCACUUGCGACCCUGUAAACAUGUGGCUGCUUACUUAAAUAAAUUGUUAUUAAAUAAA